GACACUGCAAACCACUUGAUAGUUGAACACCCAAAAUAAAUACCUACCCUCAUCUACUCGUUGGAACAAUACCCGUGAUCCUCUUUCUCAUCACAUCCCCCCCCCCUUCGCCCGGGAACCAGAGCUGGCGCUAUGAAAUCCAGUGACACACCCUACUCCGACGCCCGUCGAGAGGCAGACAUCACCGACGAUGCCAUGACCGACGUCAGCGUAUCGCUCCUCAGCGACGAGGGCAAGCAGUGGAAGCGGGCAGACAUUGAAGACGGAAGAUGCGCAUCAUCACGAGCGAGUCGAUGUGCAAAGACCCGGAACCUCUUCCGACGCUGGCGCUGGCUGCUUGAUACCUUUCUCCUGGUCGUCAUCGUUGGCCUGCUCCUCGAGCGAAGAGGGCUACAAACAACUAGCACACCAGAUAAACGUCUUGAGCCCGUCGGCGACCUAACAGGAUUCGCACCCAAAUUCUCCCAGCAAAUAACAACCUUCCACCCAACAACAGACUUCGUCCCCGACGACCCAAAAACCCUCUUCACAAACGCCACCCUCCAGGAGCAGUGGCUCUCCAUCGUGCCCAAGGGCCUAGGCUACCUCGAGGUCAAGGACCCGAAAGCCCACGACAACCUCCCCGUCCCGUUACCCGAGUUCGCCCCGCGCACCGUCUUCACGACCUCGAUGACGCACCAGCUGCACUGCCUGUACGCCAUCCUCGAGAGCUACGCGGGCAUGGCCGUCAACGGUAGCGCCAACGUCGAUAUGCAUUCGCAUAUCCCCGAGGGUACAGAGGGCGCGGAGGGGCCGUGGCAUUUGCAGCAUUGCUUUGAGUAUCUUGGUUGGAUAAUAGGCCAUCAUGUGUGCCGGUGAUGUGGCGCUGGAGGGCACGCAGACGACGUUCCCGCCUGGGUUCACGGGUAGUGAUGGGUGGGAUGCGAAGCACGUGUGCAAGGACUAUAAGCAGGUGUACGACUAUCUCGACAAGAACCGGGCUUUGGAAGACCACUGGAUUUGAGUAAUUGUGUGAGGGUGAAUGGCGUUUGAUCAGUUAGAGGGAUGGUUGAUUUGGGAAAGUUUCCAGCGUUUUCAUAAAAGAUAGGUACUCCAGGGCAAAGAUAGCGUUUCUUAGUUGGGGGGAAAACAACAUGAGGAAGCUUCGGGCUCAUCGUUGGGAAGAAUAUGUUCAUGAGCCUAUCUCGUCUGAUGCUCCGAUUUGAACCCAAAUGCAGUGUCCCCACGUUUGCCUGACCUUGAAGCUCUGACGACCGGGUCUGCAUCAUCAUGGAAAGA